UUCGACAGCUGUCUACAUUUAUUUGACAAUAAAACAAAACAAAAGACAGUGACAUACAAAGAGUAUCCACAUUUUAGUAGCAGAGGAAAGGCACCGUGACUAUUGUCUGCAUUUUCUGUUUUGACUUAAAGAGUCUUGUAACAGACUGGAUUUCUUGUUAGAAACGUCCUCUUCAUUUAAGGAAGGUACUGGGUUUUCCGCAAUGUCCCUGAAAGCAUCAGUGUAUUCGUGUAUGUACUCGCUCGAUUCACGCGAAAAGUUCGUGCAAUCCACGCCGCCCGAGUAAAAUGCGCGUCUAAUCGCGUCUCUGCAUUGACUUUACAUGUUAUUCCACCGUGAGAAUGAUUGUACUCGGUUUUUAGGUGUGAAGACAAUGCUUUCACUGACAGUAAGGAGAACUCAGAACUGUCCUUAACUAGAAAGAACAUCUGGAACAAGACAUCUAGAGUACAGUAUUAAAAUACAUACAAACAAAAAACACUGUAACCAUCUCAGCCAUCCUGCAAUGUCAGCGAAAAUAAUUUUGAGUCGACAGAGACUAAAAAUUUAAAAAAUGGGUCAGCAACAUUUAACCCACUUAAUAAACUGCAUGCACUUUAGAGACAGUCCCUAAACUCCGCCUGUCGUUUCCUGGUUUUCGGACCUCUGAACUUCAGCUCCAACUCCCGGAAAUAACCGUCUUGUCUUUGCCCAGGCAGGUAGAUGACACCACCAAACACUAGAUCUUCUUCUCACAGGUGUGUAUGUGUCUUUAUUACUUUAAAUUAUCAUCAUAAAAAGUGGCUCCUAUUCUCACCUUCAGCCUAAAACAUACAGGAUCCGUGUUGAGCGCGUUCCGUCUGUGUCGCGUAUCUUCUCCGUCGAGCAGCGCUGUCUGUCGGCCGUUUGGAUAUAAUUCAGUGACUCUUGAGCUUCUACUGUAUGUGAAAAAGCUUUCAGAGAUUUUAUAGUUUGGGUGUUUGCAGGUUUUCUUCGUGCUUGAGAUCCUGUCCGGAACCAUCUCCCCUCCGUAGUUUGACACGUGUUAUUAUCGUACUUUCACUUUUAAUGGCAGCGUGAAUUUUGUGUUAAACACCUGAAAACACAAGAGUGGGAAAGCAGAAGAUUCUCUGGUUCUUAGAGCUUACCUUUACAGAUUCAAAGGGUGCUUUUAUUACCACUCCAUCACGAUGCAUGCUGACACAGCUUUGGCCAAAAACCUGUUUGUUCUUGUAAAUUCACGACAGAGUUGUGCGCGCGAUUUUGAGGGUUUUCCGGGUUGGGUGGAGUGUUUUUACGCGCUUCUUAUUCAGUUUAACGCAUAUUCUGAAUUCCCAAAAAAGACACUUAACCAGGCUUCUUAGAGAUACUGAAAAUAUUCACACAAACUUGCGUUUAUAGACAGUAAAUUCAUUUAUCUAAAGUCUUUCUCCUCAACGAAACUAUCAGUCACAUGCAAAUAUUUCUCCCUUUUCUUUGGCUCACCGGCAGACAUGUGAGGGUGGAGUCAGCCGGUCCGUUUAUAUGACACUCGAGAAAACUGAAUUAUUGCCUCACUCUGAUUAAGACUGGACAACUGAAGUGCAUGUGAACCAGGGCCCGACCGAUAUGGAUAUUUUGGGGCUGAUGCCGAUACCGAUUAUUAGGGGAGAAAAAAAUCCAAUUACCGAUUAAUCGUCCAAUUUUUAAAAUUUUUUCUGAAGUUAUAAAAAAUAUAUAUAUACUGAGGAUAUCUACGGUAUACUUUAUACUGUAGGCUACUGCUCUUCACGCCGACAGGAAGACUGACUGAUCAAACUCGGACCAGAAAAGCUUUUUUAACUCCCCCCCGGGCCCUAAUGUAAAAACCUUAGUCCAACUAGAAUAGGAGUACGAGAACUCUGAUUAUAGUCCGAUGAAGACACCCAGAUAAUGCGAGUGGAAUCAGAUUUUCUCUACAAUCUAACCAGCGUAUACCAGAGUAUAAUUGGACAUUGCAUGUGUACGUGCGCCACGCCCCCGUAACCCCGUAACAAAACCCCAGAGUAGAGGAGUAGCGUUGGUCUCAUCUUUAGAAAAAGUAGCGCGUCCAUCAUGUAGGACAAAAACAACGCUGUACGAUGCUCCAUCUUCUUGUUUCUCCAAAAUGCCCAGCAGCAGUUGUAGACCUUUCUGACGUCUGACACCGACCUGCUGUUGAAACAGCGCCGCUGAAAAGACCCAUAUCGCCCCCUAGUGUUGGGGAGGAGGACAUGUUCACGUCAAUAAUUUAAUUUUCUCAGCUGCGUGUAAACGAGGACAAGGAGAGAAGUCUGAUUCAGAGAAAAAGACGAUUUAUGAGCUUAGUCCGAUUAAACUGUGACUGUAAACACACUGAGUGGCUUUGCUUAGAGCUGAGCUGGGGGGCAGAGCAGCAGAGAGCGCUGAUGCUGAUGCUGAUGCUGUGCACUGAUUUAUAAUACAUAAAUACAUGUUCUGGGGUUCAGCGUGGAUCUCUGCCUCUCAGAGUGUGUUUCCACAUGAACCGUUGAAUGUGUAUGGUAACACAUUUUCAAAUAUCGAUCAACAAAGAGGCUCGAUCCUUUGACUCUAAUGUUCGUCUUAAACUACUAAAACAAAAGUUUUCCAUUUUAAGGAGGAUGUCACCUGUAUUUUCCGGUUAGCCACAGUGGCAGCUGACUGAUUUUUACUUCCAAGAUGAUAAAGUUACUUAUGUGUGUUAUUUAAAAUUUUCCUGACCAACAACUUUUAUGUUUAGACAGGAAUGAACUUCACCUGAGGGACAACGAACACUGAGAAAGACCGGGUUCUUAGGGUGGCAGAUCAGCAGUCAUGGAAGAACAUCAAAUCAUGGAGAGUGUUAAACAGGAGCUCAAAGUCCACUUGAGGGAAAAGUUUACCUUCAGUAAUGAGGGAGCAUCCACCGCUCACUCUCAGCUGGAGAACAUCGACACUAGACUCCUCAUCGCUGGAGAAAAGGGGGAUCAUGACAGCCAAGUCCAUGAGAUUCUGGAUCACUUCAAACUCCCAGAUAAGGGAUCACCACCUUCAGACUACGCAGAGAUAAGCUGCUUUGACAUCUUCAAACCUGGAGGAAACGUUUCCCAACAACAACCGACAAAAGACGGCACGAUCCGAAGAGUGAUGAUGAAAGGAAUGGCCGGUAUCGGAAAGACAGUCGCGGUUCAAAACUUCUCCCUGAACUGGGCCGAGGGGGAAUCCAACCAGCACAUCGAUUUCAUCUUUGUGCUUCCUUUCAAAGAGCUAAACAUGCUCAAAGAAGGUGAAUACACCCUGCUGCAGCUUCUCGUACCCUUGUACCCUGAACUCAGACACGUCAGGAAUACAGAGCAGCUUUUUACAGAGCAGGUGCUGUUGAUCUUUGACGGUCUGGAUGAAUGUAGAUUUCCCCUGGACUUCGACGGGGGCGCGAGAAUGAUCGAACCAGACGGAGCAGCGACGGUGGAUGUGUUGCUGACAAACCUCAUCAAAGGGGACCUGCUGCCCGGCGCCCUUCUCUGGAUCACUUCCCGCCCUGCAGCAGUCGGUCAGAUUCCCUCUAAAUAUAUUGACCAAGUGACAGAAGUCCAAGGGUUUACCGACCAACAGAGGGACGAGUACUUCGUGAAGCAGUUCAGCGCCGCCGAUCAGGCCAACGAAGCUCUGUCCUGUCUCAAAGAGAUGGUAAGCUUCUGUUUCACGGGCCAUGUCCCAAUGUUUUGUUGGAUUCUAGCUGAGGUGCUCAAGAAAGGAUGGGACGACCAGAGAAGCCGACGUAUCACAACAAUGACAGAGUUGUACAUUUAUUAUCUCGUCAUUCAAACCCAAAGAUCAGAACAGAGUGAGAAGGCUCAGAAGAAGAAGUCAGCAGGAGAUACAUCCAUGAUUUUCAACCUGUCCAAGUUGGCAUUUGAGCAGCUUCAGAAAGGAAACAUCAUUUUCUACGAAGAAGACCUGAGAGAAUGUGGCAUUGACAGUGACGGAUUCUGCUCAGAGAUCCUGAAGGAAGAAUGCGUCCUGUACAAGAAAAAGAUGUUCGGCUUCGUGCAUUUUAGCUUCCAGGAGUUUCUUGCUGCACUUUACUUCUUCCACUGCUGCGUGACGAAGAAUAUCAGCGCUGUAAGAUCUUUCCUCGAGGUUGAUCCGACUGAUCUGGGCCUGCUGGAGUUGCAGAAAAGAGUCAUAGAUAAAGCCCUGAAGAGCGAGAAAGGCAUGUUGGACCUGUUCUUGUGUUUCUUUCUGGGAUUCUCUCUGGAGUCCAAUCAGACGACGCUUCAGAGCGUGCUGCCGCAGACUAAGAGCGACUCGGAGACCGUCGCGGAGUUGAGGAAAUAUCUCAGAAGUUUCAAUGCAGGAAACGUCCCACAAGAAAGGUGCAUGAACCUUCUUCUCUGCAAGUACGAGCUCAAAGAGGAGAGAUUUCAGGACGACAUCAGGAUGUUUCUGGAAACAGGAGCCGAACUCUCACCCAUGGACUGUUGGGUACUGUCCACCAUGCUGCAGAUUUCAGGGGAACUGGUCGAGGAGCUUGAUCUUACAAAAUGCGUCACGCCAUCAUAUGGAACGGAGAAACUGCUCAUGAGGAUUAAUACGUGCAAAAAAGCUGUGUGAGUAUUUCUCAUCAUCUUCAUCACCAGUCUUUCUACUCAUUUGGGUCCUGUCAACCAUGUAGGGGUCUAAAAAGACAAAGAUGGUGCUGCUCCAUGUUUGCAGUAAUUGUUUUUCUGAAGAACUCUAAUUUGAAUAAUCACCUUUUAACGAUCCAAGUAAUGACAGAUCGUGCUGAUUGGUUUUUAAGGUACCCUGGAGGUGGUUUUGUCACUUUUUCGUUGGGUUCUUUCUUUAACCCCUCAGACCUGAUUCAGCUGACCUGGGUCCUUGUCUGAACUCACAGCAGCUUUGUGAAAUGGAGAUGGGUGAAAUGCUGACUCAUGAUUUGUUUCCGUCUUUUUGAUCUACAGGCUCGGAAAUCUGCAUCUGAAGGAGAACUACCUCGAUCUUCUCCUCUCCAUCCUUCGGUCACCAGACUCGCACUUACGUGAGCUUCAUCUGCUGUGUUCAGGGACCCUCGACGUUCCUGUUCCUCACAUGAUCCUCAAAGUACUGGGCGACCCGGUCUGUAAACUGCAGACACUGAGGUUAGUUGUACAGAUGAUUCUGGACUCUUCUACACGUUUUGAGUGAAAAUAUUUGGAAUUGUUCUCGAAGAUUUCCUCAGCGAGCAGGUGUCGUUUUUUUUGUCCUAGCUGCUGAUUGGACGGAGACUCGUAUGUCGUUUUUGUUCCUCAUUUCUGAGCUCAAAAAAAAAAAAUCUUUGCAAGAAUUCAAGAUUAUAUUUAGUGAAAAAAUUUGAAUCAAGCGAAAAACAAAGUAGAUUAAGCCAACAUUAAGGAAGUCCUGGUCGCCAUUUUUACAACUAGGACUUCCUGUUUAGGGAUAUCCUGAUAGGUGUAUGUAGACCGAGUAACCCAGGGGUGAUUUUACGGUCUUUAAACCCACUGACCACUGGCUGCGUUUACAUGUGGUCAUUAACCCUUUCAUAACCAGAAUGUUCGCAAUAACCCGGUUGUGCACAGAGAUGUAAACACCAAUAACCCUUUUAAAAAUCAGAAUAUGCUCAUAUUCCCGUUAGAAAAGGAGUGACCCUUUUCUAACCUGAAUAUUUUGUCAUGUUUACACCAAUCAGGACAUUCCCGUCAAAAGGAACAUUAAUUUGUGUUCCACGCAUGUUCUCUUCGCAAGGAACCUUUGUGUUCUUUUGAGUACAGCAGGUCCUAGACGAUGUUCUUCGUGUGUUGAGAUGUUGACCGUGUGUCGCUGUUUUAGUCGGGGUACCACGUAAACAGGAAUAACCCUGUUUACUCACACGUGUAAACGGGUUAUUCCAAAUGUUUCAGAAACUGGAAUAUUGACCCCAACCCGAAUAUUGAAUAUUGAAUAUUGAAUAUUGACUGCAUGUAAACGUCGCCACGAUCUCUGAAACUCUAUUUGACCGUCUCAAAGAGUCACUUCUCAGGGUUUUCAAAAUAAAACAGAUCAGAUUUUAUUUCAUAUCCUUUUCAAACCACUUUUUUAUUUUAGUCGUUUGAUCCCUUAAAGAUGCAGGACAAACUCCAACACUUUAAUUCACCCUCUAUGACACAACGUCAUUUCACUUUCAUCGCACUUUCCCUUCAUUAUUAUGGGAUGUGUUGUUCAGGUUAUCCGGGCUCACCUUGGAUUUUGGACACUGUCACACACUGGCCUGCGUCCUGCAGUCGAAACAGUCUUCACUGAGAGCCCUGGACCUGACUAACUGUAUGUACAGUUAUCAACAGGAUGAAAGCGGAUAUUACUCCAGACAGUUGGAGGAGAAUAAGAAAGAGUUUAAGGAUGAGCUGACUCUGCUGACCUUCAUCCCUGCUGGCUUGAUCGGUCCAGUCUGUAAACUGGAGAAAUUCAGGUGACUUUCUUUGUUGUGAAGACACCUUCAUAGAUGUUCUUGUCAUGAUGCUUCAUGGAAGUUUUUGUUUUCUUCUUCUUCUUGUUUUUACGCAGCAUGUCCGGUUGCCGCCUGACAGAUAAAUGCUGUCAAGUGUUCGCCUCAGUUCUCAGCUCUAAUUCGCAGCUGCGAGAGCUGGAUCUGAGCCAGAACAACCUGCAGGAUUUAGGGGUGCGUCUGCUCUCAGCUGGACUGAGGAGUUCAAAAUGUAGACUGGAAAAACUGAGGUACUGUUUUAUUUUAUUAAUGAUAGAGUCUCAUGUGGAGUCCCCCAGGGCUCUAUUGUAGGUCCCCUCUUAUUCAAUGGUCACCUCCUGUUUGGUUGGCAUGGUGUAAACUUUCACAGUGGAAACUCGAACAUUUGCUCUGUGGCCUGUUAAAACUUGGUGCUGCUGAUGUUUCUGGCCGAAAUCAUUAUUACUGAUAUUUUCCUCAGAGAUUCAGUCCAGGAUGUCGGGUGAUCUUUCUUGGAUGUGUUUCAGUGAAGUGUAUUUUUUCUUCUUUUUACUUCAGGCUGUCAUUCUGUGGGAUCACAGAAGAAGGAUGUGUCUCUCUGGCCUCAGCGCUGAGGACCAACCCAUCACACCUGAGAGAGCUGGACCUCAGUUACAAUCACCCCGGAGAGGCAGGAGUGAAGCUGCUCUCUGAGAGGCUGCAGGACCCCGAGUGCAAACUGGAAAAACUCAAGUUAGUAUCACAGAAUAUAAGAUAUGCAAAGUGACAAGGAGAUAAAACAGCUUAUUUGACUGAAAGGACUUAUCAGUAUUUUCUAAGCUGUAUGAACAUUUGUGUUUAAGUGUCCUCAAAAUUAUCUCCAUAAACCGUCGUCUGAAGUUGCUGUCCAUCACAGCUGCAGGUCAAAACUGCACCAUGCAGAGACCGUCCUGUGGUCUGACAGUUCAACAUGCAGGAAGUUUCUUUUUUCUUUGAUUUUAAAACAAACAAAAAAACCUCGACUCAAACUCGACUCGUUUAUACAUGUCCUACUUUUACAUGCAGUUCUUCUGAAGAGUUUUAUCAACUCGAGGCUGAACCCAUGAAGACUUUGGGACCAACACUGACGUCGAUUUAGGAAAGGAGAAGCUGGUCGACCGCCACCAUAGCUAGAGCCAGAACUGGAAUAACAUGCCAUCCUGUCCAAGGUUAUAAAAGUUAACUAAAAAGAAACUAAAAAGAAAACUAAAAUUUAAGAUACAUUACAGUUAACUCAAACUAAUGAAAACUAGAAAAGAAAACAAAACUGUAUCUCGUCUUCACAAAACUAACUGAAAAUAACUAAAAUUAUAGACAAAAUGUUCUUCGUUAUCGUUUUUGACAAUAUUUAUUCGCCUUUAGGAUUUAAAGUAAUCAGACACAGUUUCCCAAACAAUUUUACGACAGUUUUCGGCAGUUCUCAGCGCUGUACGGCAUCGUCAUAGCGACGUACUGGGACGUGCUUGUUUACUGUCUGACUGGCUGUGCGCUGUGCUGCGACGGAGCUUGAGUUGUUGGAACAACGAAGUCUGGAGGAGGCGGCAGUGUCCCGCCUCGCCUUUAUGUUUAUAUUUUUUAAGUUUAUAUUAUUUUCUUGUAUUUAAGGCAGCAGCCAACAGUACAGUAUCAGCAUUGACUGAGCAGUGAGCACGAUGUUGGACUUGAAAAUAAACAGUAUUACAAAAUACUAACUCCGGCCUUUUUGAAUCCUGCACCUGACAAAUAAGGUAAAAAAACUAAAACUAAACUAAAAUGAAGCUUCGUCACAAAAAUCAAAACUACAUCAAAACUAGAAUGCCCACUUUAAAACUAACUAAAACUGAACUGUAAUGAGAAAUCCAAAACUGUUAUAACCUUGAUCCUGUCUUUGUUCAAAGGGUUCAGAUUUGGCUCUGACAUCAAUUUGCAGCUUUUUUUAAAGGGGACCUGCCAUACAAAUGUAAUUUUGUGUGUUUUUUUGUGUCAUAUAAGGUCCAUAUUAUGUUCGUCUUAUGUUGUAAAUGUGAAAACAAACCGUUACGUCGUUUGCAUUCUGUAAAGGUUUAAAAUAAAGGAACGAGUAAACCAGGCCAAUAGAAAAAGCCCGUCGGUGUUACGUUGCGCCGACGUUACUCAUUAUAAUUCACGAGCGCGUCCUCGGUGAGCCACGCCCACUCUCUCGUUCUCGUACUCAGUCACAGCCAGAGUGAGACCCAGCUACCACUGUAUCCUCUAUGGGUCUCUUCCAAACGAUCGGUGUUUCCUUCGGUUCACUGCCGGGAAAAUGAACUUGAAGCUGGGCAGAAUGAAUGAGAAAACACCGCUGGAGAUCUCCGGCUUCUUCCUCAACUUCCACCUCCUCUUCGGACUCGGGGUCUAAAAUAUAUGGUUUAAUACCUGCCGUUUUUAGCCUUUAGCAUAAGGUGACCAGACGUCCCCGAUUUCCGGGGACAGUCCCCGUAUUGGAUGACCUGUCCCCGGCAAAAGCUGUCCCCGGCAAAAGCUGUCCCCGAAAAUGUCCCCGAUUUAAGCGUUUCAUGAAUGAGAACAAAAAUGUUGCGUGUGGGCUCGAACAACGGUUAUUACAGUAGCCGAAUAGGUAGGAAGCACAAGUAAGCAGUCCUGAAGAACAGUUCUUACGGGGUUAUUACAAGGGGCAUGCGCUGCUACUAAAUAGUACCGAGACUUUGUCUGUGAUCACACAGACCCUGCAGCCCCUGCAGCCCCUGCACCGCCGCCGCCGCCGCACUGAAUAUCCCCGAUAUCAUUACAGACAUCUGGGCACCUUACUUUAGCACACAUUAGCAUAUGCUAUUAGCAUUAGCAUAAUAACAGUGGAUAAACCGAAAUCCGAACCGCCACUGCUGAGCCAAUCAGAGCACAGCAUUAGCAUAUGCAUAUUACCAUAAAUGUUAAUGAGCCAAAACCAGUUGGUUUUCCUGUAAGGUUUUUUAGGCAUACUAAAAACAAACCAUCAAAUAACUUUUCAGCUAAAAUUAUGUUGCAAACAUGAUCAGAGGACAUCAAGGAUUAUGAAAAAAUGAUAAAAAUGGGGAUGAAAUUUUGGUGGCAGGUCCCCUUGAAGUAACCGUUUUAAAAAUGGAAGAGUUUAAGUGAAGGUUUACGUGAUUAAAAGAUUUCAUCAAAGGUUUCAAAACUGAAGACAGACCUGAGUGAUCCAUGCAGAUUAUGUUUGGAUUAUCCCUGAACGCUUUACUUCGCAGUUCAGGUUUUUUGGAAAAACAAAGUGCACAAUGUCUGACUGCACACUUCUUUACGCCGUUAUUAUUCGAUCAAAAACUGUAUUUUGUGAAGAUUUGAGCACAUCUAUGGCUGCUCAUUGAUCUUAUUGAAAGUUUGUUUUCUUCUGCCUCAGCAUUGAGCAGAAUGAAGAGUUCUGGACCAACCCGCAGCUCCUGAACAAGUGUAAGUGAAGUCUGAAUGUCUACUCCUCCCCGCCGUGUAAAUUAAUUCCACCUAAAGUCAAACUCUUCCUCGUCUCUCGCUCAGAUGUCUGUGAUCUCACGCUCGACCCCAACACAGUGGGUAAAAACCUCCUCCUGUCUGAGAACCAGAAGAAGGUGGUUUCUACUUCAGAGGAGCAGCCGUAUCCUGAUCACCCAGAGAGGUUUGAUGAUGCGGUGCUGGUCAUGUGUAGGGAGGGUCUAACUGGACGCUGCUACUGGGAGGUCGAGUGGGCGGGGUGUGUGACUAUCGGCGUGGCAUACAAGACCCUGAAGAGGAAAGGACACCUGACUUUAGACACCCUGUUCAACAAGUCCUGGAUGAGCAUCAGCACCGGGUCGGGCAGUUACUCUUUCAUUCACGGGCGGAGCCAAACUUACACUCCUGUCCCCGUCAUCGACCUGAAAGCAAACCUGGCGAGACAGAAGAGACUGGGUCUGUUUCUGGACUGGUCUGCUGGGAGUCUCUCCUUUUACUCUCUGUUUGGAGACAAAAAAACGCACCUUCAUACGUUCUACACCACCUUCACUGAGCCUCUGUACCCGCUCUUCUCUGUCCUCGGGUCUUCUUAUGUGACCGUCUCCACCGCAGAGACACCAGGGACGGAUGAUGUGAGUGUUUCUGGACGUCUCAUAACCUUUCUCUAACCCUCUUCCUUCACACAGACACUCUCCAACCACCUACACAGAGAACCAACUCGUUUAACGUGAUCCUAAAUCAGUUUACAGCGAGCAGUAAAACCCUACAACGACGUGUAUUUGUAUUUAUUAAUUUAUCACAGAUUAAAAACAGUCAAAUGAAGCUGAUAGGCGUGUACAAGGUUCCUCUCCCGUCAGGACAGAGAACGACAGAGUAAUAAGGACAUAGACAGGUUAUAAAUGUACAAUGAUAAGGGAGCGGUCAACAGAUAAAAAUUUAACGAUAUUUUAAAGGUGUUAGAGGAUGAUCUUGAUUUUAGAGAUUCUGUCCUCUGAAGUGAUGUUAGACUGAUGACUAGAAGUUGGACAGGAAGUAACUGAAGAUGGUCGUUUUGUCGUGUUGAGUUCGGGUGAAGGUCGGAUGAAAAGGUAAAAAAGUUUCGGAAAGUUUCAGGAGGGUCUCGUUUCUUCUUGAUGAACUUGUGGACAAACAAACGAGUGUGAGAGACACUGAGUUUGUCAAAAAGAGAGGUUUCGAAAAAUGACAGAAAAUACAGAUUUAAAAAAAGGUUUAAUAAACAAAAACUUACGUUACAAGAGAGUCCAACAGCCACGGCUAAAUAAAGCCGCCACACCUCAACAAUAAGGAUUUUAUACGCAUUACCUCAGACUCAGGAUAUGUCAGGAUAUGUGGAGCACAGGGGCUGCACCGCAAAUCACAAAUCACACAUCCCCACAGAUUCAUUCCCCACCAGUGGGAAACACCGAACUGUCCAAAAAUGCUAAAAGAAUCUAGUCAUAGUCUUGUAAAUAGUGACCCAGCAGGAUUCUCAGUCUGAGACUAAAGACUCUGAACACUGGUCUUUAGAUGUGAGAAGGAGUGAGCUGAGAGUUUUCCAGGAGGCUUUUCCAAAUCUUCUCCAAGUCCUCUGGUGGACAGUUGGCCUAAACCAGACACACAAGGAGCACUAGAAACCAAACCGAGAAGAACACAACAGGAGAACAAGAGGAAACAGAAACAUGAAGAACAGAAACAACUACAUAACAGAAGCAGGAAGAACUCCAACAACAAGAACCGAUCAUGUCGCUGUAAAGUGGAAAAGUGGAGCUGACGGGGAUGCCGGUUGGCCGAGCAGCUGAGGGGUGUAGUCUCUGUUGCAGCAGUCGCAGGUUCAACUCCCCGCCACAAUCCUUCGAUAGCUUCCCCUCUACUCGUCGUAUUUAAUAAAAAUGAAUAAUAAUGAAAAAUAUUCCAAAAUUGAGGCCAAUACAGGAAACAUUUGACUAACGCAGGUCGCAUCAAACGGACGAUUAAAGAACUGCUGAUUUUAUAUUUUAACACACGACAGUUUUCGUCACCACAGACUGACAUCAUCUCUUUAUAAAACAGAGUAAAAGAUGUUUUUUAACGCAUUUAGAUUAUGAACAAUACUAUGUUUUAAAAUCCGGAAAAAGUCAAAGUUGUUUUUUAUGUCAGAACUCAGAUUUUAAUGGAGGAGUGGAGCUGGAGUGAGACGGUUCCUCUUUGAGUUGGUUUCACUGUAAAAACAAAAAGUUAAUUUUGUUUGUUUUUUAUUUUUGCAGAACAAGUUUAUCUUCACUCCGAGGAUCAUGAAGGAAAGACUCGGCAUUUCAUACAGGUGAGAAAAACUGUAGCUGUGAGAUAAAGAUGGUUUGAUGAAAGGACCACUUCUGUAAAGACGAGAACUUCCUCUGUAAGUGUUACGAUCGUCUGCAGACAAAUCAGCACUUUACCGGUGAAACUCUUUAAAAAACAAACAAAAAAGGGUAAAAACAAGAUAAUGAUUGAGGAGUAUGUGGAGCUCUUCUUUAUUUGACAGAUCAAAAUGUUCAGAAUAAAUCAAUCACACUUGUGUGUCUCGCAGGUUCACGUUUCCUUGUCGAGGUGUGUUCGAGUGCUCUUUGACGAAGCUGGUGUUCAAAGUGACCAAGAAAGGGGAGGUCACCUACAAGACCCUGAUCUGGAACGACACGCUCCUGGAACACGCUCGCAAAGUUCCCGCAGGACCGCAGUUCAGCUUCGGGUUUCCUGAGGACUCGGUCUGUCAGCUGCACCUCCCCCACUGUGAGACUGAACCCGGUAAGAACUCUGAUGAACGUCCACGUUGUCUCUGUUGUAUUUGUGGAGGUGAAGCUGAACUUCAGACUCGUGGAUUUUUCCAGGUCUGCCCUCAGAGGGCGUCUCUGUCGUCAACAUCACCGACGACGGCAUGAGCGUCAUUCAGCCGCUGCAGAUAACUGAAACUCACGUUGUCGUGGAAACCCCUCACUCGUCGAUUUUUGGCCUCGUCAAGAAUAUCACCCCCACGCCAGUCCUCGGUAAAGUCGUGCUGUUCCUGCGACCGGCGUACAGAAGAGGGAUGUUCAUCCUCAGCGUCAUUCUGCUGCCGAGGAACGUCCCUCUGCCGGAGGUAAAAACAUCCUCCUGAUCACCGAACUGUCCCCGCUGUUGGAUAUUUCACCCUUGUUUGAACGAUAUCCAUGUCUGCUGUCUUGAUUGUCAAAGGUUAUAGAGCUGUAUGACAACUGCGAGUACAUCGAAGCGCCGUCCGACUGUCUCCUGCUCAAAUACCGAGACUACAGCCUCCACAGCGACCCGGAGGACUACACCAUCCAGCCUGAAGUGAGUACCAGGAACCAUUUCUGCAGCCGGAGAAGACGAGGCUGGAAACUAUCCUAAGAAAUGUUUGUAUUUCGUUUCUAGAGGGCCGAGUUCUAUGAAAACUACGGACCGAAUUACCACGCCUCGUUUGAGAUCAACCUGACCAGGGGCACAGAGGAAGUCACCCUGAUGGUGCGAGCUCAGAAGAAAACGGUAGCGUGGAGCCACUGCCUCCGUCUGUCAGGUAAAUACUCAGUCUUUAAGGUUUUACAUAUUAUCGUCAUCAGACCUGGAGUUACUCAGCAGACACUCAACGCACUUUUGAGUUUUCAGCCAAGAUGACCGAACGUAGUGAAGGUUUUCUUUCUUCACCCUCAAAGUUUUACAACCAGGAGAAAAAUCCUCCGAAGGAAACUAUCUGAGAAAGUUUUGACUAAAACUAGAAGAAAAUUGACUCAAAUGAAAACAGAGGAUGAAGUCUAAACUGUGACUCUGAUCAACCACAGUUUUCGAUCUUCUCUCGAACCCUGAGCCACGUCUCAUGACAGGUUCUGUGUCAGGGUUCAAAUAUGUGAUCUCAUCUUGAAUCAACACGUUGAAAACAAAAGAGUUUCCUGACGAUAAUCGAGUAUCUCAGAGGGUCAAAAACUCCUUCAGUCAACGUUCUUCAUGUCUUUUCAUUUCUGUCUGUCCUCCGUUGAAACACGCCCGCUGACUGUCGCGUCUCGUUUUCUCCAGCUUUAUCUUCAGGUGAAAACGCGACAACAGAGGAGAAGCUACUGAGGGCUCGGACCAAGUUUAUCGAGCGCGUGUCUGAUCCGGUCCUCGAUGAGCUGAUGGUUGAACUGGUGAAGUUCAGAGUGGUAAGUGACGCAGAGGUCAAGGAAGCCAGGGUCAAACAGCGAGCGGACAAAGCACGAGACGUGAUCGACAUGGUGCGGAGGAAAGGCAACGAGGCGAGUCAGGUGAUGAUCAACAUCCUCUCCAGCUGUGAUCCUUUCCUUUGUGAAACGCUCCGCUUCACAUGAGGGGAUGACAGAGAGCGGGCGAACUUUUCACCACGUCAUCAAGAUGAAAAUACAAGAAGAUGAUGAUGAUGAUGAAGUGAAGAAACCAGAUGUUGUGGAAGAGAAGUGACCAAACUGCAUUUUUCAAUCAACCGUUAAUGGAGUUUUUAUGAACAUAGAACCAGAUCGUAAUUAAUGUCGUCACAGGACGACCAGGAGGGGAGGGACUGCAGUUCCUCAAAAGUCCACUUGGGGCACCAAAGCCAAGAUACUCCAUCACAACCCCGUGUUCAAAUACCAGUUUUUAUGGCAGAAAUGAACACGCCUACAGGCUGGUGAGAGAAAUAUUUUUAGGUACAUAUCUCGUUCUUUUAUUUUCUCACAUUUCAGAGGAGAAUAAUUUUUUAUAGUCCAUAACGGUCCGAGAGUUACACAUAAAUAAGAUAAUAAAAGACACGAGAACUUGAACUGGAAGUGGAAAAGACGAAACUAGACUGAAGAUAUUCUGACAAACAUAGUUUCACAGUUUUCAUUUACCGGUGUUUCACAACAUGUUCAGAGCAGCACAGUCAUCGUGUUAACUGUGGUGUGUUUUUAUGGACCAGUUAGUCAGUAAACUGUGUUUUCUAAAGGGGAACUCACAAAUAUCUGGUAGUUCCUGGAUGGAUGUAAAAUUAAACACUAAAGAAGAUGAAAAGUUUUCUCAUCCACAUGUGAGUCUAAAGACAAAGACAAAGAAAAGUUUAGUUAUUAAUCCUUUAGAGGUUUAGAUCUAAAAUGUCGAAUCUGAACUGAAGGCACUGAAAUUUAAAGUUUAACUGACCAGCGACCUGAGCGCAACUAAAGUUUAUUUUUUACAAAGAAAGAAAUCAAACAAACUUAAAAACAGUGAUGAGAACAAAUAUUAAACUACACAAUUUCCCCAAUUCUCUGAAACUGCAAAAACACGAGAAUCAUCGUAGAAACUUCAACAAUCUUCAAAGACAAUAAAUCCAACAGAUGUCUGUGUGCUGUCAGCCUGUGUUCUAGAGUCUGUUCUCUAUGAGGGACCGUGCUGCUGCUUUGUUUGAUGUUUUAUUUUAUAAUUUUAUACUUUUAAAGAUGUUUGAAUAAAUGAAUGAAAUACAAAAAAUUAAAUAAACUUGAUUAAUUAAACUAGA